AUGGGAAAACUUCUUUACUUGCGAUCAGGACUGGUUUUUGCGGCCAGUGCUUUGUUAGGGGUUACGCCGGCCGAUGGGUUUUCCCCGACAGCCACGCGGUCGCAGCUCCUUGCCGAGCUGCAAAGGUGUCUCACUCCGACCGACUUGCUCGACCGGGUCGGUGCACGUGUCUCGCGGAGUAUCGAUCCCGACGGCAGCCUAGCGAGCCUCGUUCUCGUUCGUCUUUCUAAGCUUGUGAUUUCUUUGGAUAACCAAGACCGAGCUUUCGUGGCGGAUGAAUCAUCAACGAAGACUCUGAAUGCCAUCAUCGAGAGUCUCCUCGAUUCCGACCCGUCAUCAAAUUGUGAAUCUAUUGUCGAAGCAACGAAAGCUUGUUCUACUUUUUCGCGCAUUUCUCCAUACUCACCAAACUCCACUUACGAACGGCUUUUUAAUUUUUGGAACGAUUCAUCGGAUAUUGUCUCGCAACUAGAACCACACCACACUUCCGGUGUCAAGUGGGCUUUUGAUGUUCUUACACUUCAGUCAUCGGCACCCUCACCCACCGCGCUCGAUCAGGCCUAUGCCGAUCUCAAUUUGCCAUUCGCCAUCAUACCUGGUUGUCUUGCUGGAUUGGAAAGCCUUUCCGUAGAUCGACUGACUUCACAGGUACAUUUCAGGGUAGAUGAUAUUCGCACGACUUCGAACAAAGUAGUUUCAGAACGCCGACAAACCGCUUGGGAAGGAGAUACUGGCGUGGCGCCAUUCACUUAUAGUGGCAAGGCGAUGCCUCGGAGCGACUGGUCACCACUAGUUGUUCAAGUGCGCGAUGUCGUGCAAGCUCGUACAAAUCAGUACUACAAUGGAUGUCUUUUAAAUCUCUAUACGGAUGGCUGUAGUGGGAUGCGGUACCAUAUCGAUCCAGACCAAGGGACUCUAUGGGACUACGACACCGCGGUAGUUAGUGUGGGGGCAUCGCGGCGAUUUGCGUUCCGUGCCAUGUCCUCUUCUACUUUGCAGCCACACAAUUUUGUUGUCAUGCACGGAGAUUUGACGUACAUGUUUGGAGAGUGCCAGUCACAGUUUCAGCAUACAGUGAAAAAGGCGGACGACAAAACCGACACCACUCCGCGUGCGAGCUUGGUGUUCAAAAGAACCUGGGAAUGUAAGAAAUGAAAUUGCACAUAAACUUAUUCACUCUUUGUGGAAUCAAAACGGAAGUGAUGGUCGUCUUUGUGGGAGCGCAUAAGCUCAAGGAACACCUUCUCGUAACCACUGUGAUAAAGGUGAUCCUCUAUCAUGGUGCGAGACACAUCGAUUUCGGAAAAGAAAACAUUGGGCACGAUAUUCCCUGAAAUACCGCUCCCGUCUCUAUACAGGUGAACGCAACGACCCGGAGGAUACAACUCCGGCUUAAUCCGUUCGACCGGGUUCUGCUCGAUCGGAAGAUCGUCCAGCAGUGGCUCCACCACACCACGGAUAUGCUGAGUGACGUCUUUGGUAAAUAAGACUGGCUGGCGGCGUGCCAACUCUUCAAUCGCAUGAUCUAUAUCACGUUUUGCAAAGGGUACCCAGUCAAACUCCAUAAUAUCCAAUAGCAAGUUGGCCAAAUGGAUGCCACUCAGGCGAGGUACUAUAUCGCAAUCGUUUAUAACCGUCAAAAUGUAGGAAGCUUGUUCAGCCAAUUUCUUGCUGAGUAAAGCCGGGCAACCAAAGCCAAUCACAUUCACAUCGAACUUGGGAUGAUCUCUGAGUUCCAUCCCUGCGAUAGCUGCUGCACCAGCUCCUAGAGAGUGCCCAGUCAACGUUAGCUUGAUGUUGAACUUACCGGAUUUCUCAAGAAGCUCCUCCAAAAGACCUGUAUGGGUAUCAGCUAUAUGCUGGCCGCUACCCAAAAUGAACGAAUGCGCUUUACCACCUCUGUACUCUACCUCGUCGCAAAGUAGGCCUGUCAAGGCAUCUGCAACUGAUUUUGUCCCACGGAUAACAAUCAAGACUUCCAAAAAGGGAUUAAAGGAGGAUUGAUCUCGCUUGACCGCCACAAAAUUGGCGGGCUUUCCUGGCUCGCUUCGAACCUCCGCGUAUACAAGCUCGUAGGGUUCCUGUUGCCUGUGAAGACCUUCACGAAUAUCUUCAACACUGUCUGCGUAUGAGAGAUACGCUAAGCUCAGGAUGUUGUUCAGGUCCUCAACCUCUUUGAUGUUAAUUCCGGGAUAGAAGCGGUGCAUCCGGCGCUUCCAGCUUGGAUUUUUAACUUCAUCCUGGCCCUCCAAGUAGUAGAACAAAGCACUAGGUGAAAGGUGGGAAAAAUCGAGGGAGCCCAUGUACUUCUCGGCAACGCUUUCUAUGUGAUCCUUGUAAUUAUCCAGCAUUCGGAAGAGAGAUUGAAACGAGUGUGUGUCGACAACUUCGCCUUCGUCCGAUGGUUGCCUAGCUUUCUCUACGAUAUCUUUCAGAUAGUCUUGUUUGCUGUCACCUCCUGCAAUGAGACCUAAAAAGUCCUUUGCCAUGGCCGAGAACGAUGGCUUUUCCUUAUGCUGCUUCUCAGGGCCGCUUUUUGUUUCUUCAGUGAAUCCAAUUGAAUUUUCAGCUGCUUCGAACAUCGCCAUAAGCUUAUUGCCUACUGCAGCUGGCCGUAGGGCCACAGUUUUUUUUUGAUCGGCGUCAUGGACCGAUUUUGAUGUGGAAGAAGUUGAAUCGUCCGUCAGAAUUCUUUUCCACGCGUCUUCAGCUUUUUCAGUCAAAUCUACUGUCAUGUCAUAAAUGGAGUCAUCUUUUUUUGAAUGCUUGCCCUCUGAUUUUUCCUUCUCUGUACCCUCUAGGAGCGCGUUCUCAUCCGAAUGCUGGAAGGACGUUAUAGUCAGGAAAAAAGCUGCAAUAAGUGUUGACGACAGUACUCUUCGAUUUACGGAAAAUGAUUUGAAGCGUUGGAAAACCUGUGCAUUGAAAGGAGACAUGGUUUCAAACUUCGCAUCAUUCGCAAAUACCCAAAUCGACUCUCAUCAGCACUUGCUGUUACGGUGAAAGGAU